AAUCAGCUGCUAUUCGCCAUUAAUUCAUUCAAGCAUAUUUAAACGAUAUAUAUCUUCUUGACCAUAUAUCCACCAUAGUUCCUGUCAACAACCAGUGUAUCACUGAAGAGCUUAGUUGAAAUUACUUGACUUUUAGUCGCUUCAGUUUACGGCGUCAGUUGGUGGACCAUAUCCAAAACGAAGAUGGUUUAACGAAGGAGAAGACCUUCUUAAGAUUACAGGAAGUAACCAAGUAAGCUGGAUUGAAAAUUUACGGUCAUUUAAAAAAAAAUGUAGGGUUUUCGUUGAAGUGAAAAAGGGUUGGUUUUGGCAAUCUCCAGAAUCAUGAUCACAGAGGUUUACGUCCGUGUCAAAUUUGUCGCAUUGUCACUUUGCGAAAAAUAUCUUUCAUUUUUUUUCGAGGUUAGCUUUAACGCUUAAAACCAAGGCAACAUAAGCUAAAAUGCUAAUACCCGUCCGCUUUGAUAACAUGGCUUGACCUUAGUCGCCGAAUGUAGUGCAUUAAGCCACGCCACUAUUCCUGCAAAGUGACUAAUGUUUUCUUUUUUCACGACGAUUUUGCUUGGCUCUUUUAAACUGUAGCAACAUGAAUUUUGUAUGGAAUUGAUAAAUAUUCUGAGAAAAUGAAAAAUAAAUAAAUAAAAAGAUAAAUUACUGGUUGAGAAGCACAGAGACAUACACAUCUAUAAGAAAACAGUAUAUAUAUAUGUAUUUAUAUAUCUCUCUAAAACCGUAUAACUGUUGCUAAAAUUUAUUUAGACAUUCAAAGUUAAAAAAAUCGGGAUCUUUGGGUUUUUCACUCGUUACUGCAAAUAAAGGAAUAUUAUGAGAGAUCAUCCUCCGCUUUUCGACUAGCCAACGGUCAAAACAACACCGUUCCUUUCUCAAUAUUACGGAACUGAAAAAUAGCACAAAUACAAUGAGCAAUAUUUUUGAAAAGAAAAAUAUAUAACACCGGUCCAUGUUUACAUAAUCCUGCAUAGAGGAUUAUUUUUCUGCUAUUUUACAUUAUUUACUCGAUCUACAAACUUUCUUUAAAAAAAAUAUUAUCCCGGCAGCACGCUUUAAGUUUCAAUGAGCAUUCUAAUUUUUUCAAAUUUGUUUAUUGCAAAGUUUUCUUUGAAGGUGUACAUUAAUUUUUUAUUCCAAGAGUAAUCUUUUAGUGCUUUUAUACCACACUUGGUUUGGCUUGCUGUGUUGAGUAUCAUGCAAAUAGUGAAGCCCACAAGUGACUACAAGACUAACUACAGACCGACGCAUUAUGCAAAUCGCGUCUACCAGUUUCAUAACACGAGCAGGUGAAAUUCUGCCUGACUAGUAUCGGCUUGGCAUAAAAUUAACUGAUUCUAAACAUGAUUCUCGGAAUUGGAUUGGAAAUUUUAUAAGUAUGUGCUUGAUUUGCCAUUUCUAUAUCCAAAAUAACCAGCCAAAAAUGUACUAGUUCUAGACUGGUCUCGGCCGGGGCUGAGUUUCCUGUCACUUUGAGGAUAUCUUAUAGCUUAAUGCCUUACAUUAAAUGUUUAGCUUUUGGUUCUGUUUCGGUUAGUGAUCGCUGAGAGAGAUAAAAGCCCAGGGAUAAAUAGAAGUCCAAGAGGAAAGCUUUAAUUACACAGUGUGACUUGUUUGAGGGAUCGAUGUAAGCUGUCUCGGCAUCAGCUUAUAUUUUUCUUCUUUGUCUUUGCCGCUAAUGGAAAUAUAUUUUUGUCAAGUAAAUUCACUUUGAGGCAAGCAAAGCAGACGAUAAAUAACAUAAAUAUAUUCGAAGGACUUCACGCACAUCUUAAGCUUACCACUAGUACUUGAAGUAAAAAAAAUGAUAAUUACUUUGACUAGAUUCGAAAAAAUAAACUAUAAUAUGUCAUUGUUUAAAAGAUUUUUCUGCCAUGUUUGUUGAAAAACCCAACGUUGCCUGCUCAAUGAUAUUUUGCUCAGAACACAAACUGUAAUUGAGAAUAGUUGAGACGCGAAGGACACGUAUUUAUUCAUUAAUUCAUUUAUUAGCUUUGCCAAUCCGCAACAGCACGAAAUCGAUUAUUUCUGCGGGUCCUUAUCAGAUCAGUCCCACCAGGUUCUAGGUCGCCUGCUCUUUCCAGGAAGAGGUGAGGGUUCUUUUCUGCCCCUUUUGAAUUGAUAAUCCAAAGGAAACAAGGCUAACAGUAUUGCCUAAUAGCGAGAUCAUCUGAGGUGAACUUAAGAUCUUAAACUCCUACGGCCAGCAUGUUCUACCAGAGUUUGUCUAUAGACCCUGUUUGGUGGUCUGGCCGGGGUUUAAGCCCGCAACAUCCCUUUCGCACAUGGUCCAGUGGUGACUACGUAACAUUGAAGAACUGUGGAAAAAUAAAAAAACUACUCAGCAAAUUAUGUAAGAAACAUAUCUGAAUUUGUACCUCAAAUAUAGAUGCUGCCGCAAAUCGUCAAGCCGUGAAAAAGAAAUCUUUUUAUAAGUUCCAAGCCUGGCAUUACAGUGCUGGCGAAGGAUAAAGCCUUGAAUGAAAUAUAGUAGACAUUUCCUGAACGAAUCUAAUCACUGCUACGUUGAAAUUCGUUAAGUGUCUUUACACAACAAUUUAGUUUCACAAAGCCAUUCUGUGGGCAAAAUAUUAAAUAUUUACUUUACAAAAAUAGAUUUUCUUGGUCUUCAAAGAAUAUCGUAGGUUGAUGAAAUUACCGGUAGUCUGGAAGCUUCCAUAGUGAGCUCUUGUAAAAAAAAAAAUUAUUUAGAUAAUCUGCGAAAAACCAAGAAUUGGAUUGUUUUUAAAAUCGACAAUUAUCGCAAACUCUCUCCUUUAAGUUUUCUUGAAAAAGUGCCAAAAGGCUUCAACAGAUUCAAAGCAAGCGGUUUCAAUAUUUAUGGUAAUUAUUCCUAUUUUCAAAAGUUAUUUCCCUUGUUUCCUUGUCUAGUAUGUGUUACAUGCAUUAUUGAUGAGAUUGAGAAAUAAAACCAUAGCCGGUUGUAACCGGAUCUAGUACAGUUAUAGAAAAUUAUGAACAACUGGUCGAAGUUCUUAAGCCUCAUUAUUUUACUCGACAACAAACGAACUAAAAAUGACCUGGCAAUUAGUUUUUCGGCUCGCCAAAAGCAAUGUUUUCUCAUUUGGAUGUUACUGAGUGGUGUCGCCGGCAACAUCCUGAUUUAUUACAAGUCAGUCGUAAAACUGAGUCAGGCAUGCUUAGGCAUUGAAAUGAUUAAAACCAGGAGCGCUGUUUACAAUCAAAGGUUUUUUCUAAGACUUUUAUGAUAUAGUUUAAAGACUAUGCAACUACUGUACAUUACAUAUCGUCUGUGUAAACGUAAGUUGUCUUUAUUCAUUGCAACAGAAAUUCAAAAUUUGUUUAUAUCAAGGUAACUAGUUCAUUCACGAGGAUAGUGUUUGCUAAGAAUUAUAUUAUGAUUCAUUUUGUGUUGGAAGCAUACUUGGUAUGCGAGUUCGUCCGUUAAGUUUUGGUAAAACAUUGGCAUCUAAAAGUUGUUCUUUCAAGUGCUUUGUUAUUCUUUUUUAACAAAUUAAAUUUAUAAAUAGAGACGAGAUUAAGGUCGUGGAAAAUUUAUUUCUGUUAUUACAGAGCACUUUUGAAUUUGUUUGACGGCGAAGAAGCUCGAACACGGACUCAAUCCGUGCUCGAAAAUCUCUCAAGAACGACCAUGUCUUUUAGAAGUUCACUUUUCAUUGAUAAACAACAAAAUUGGGCAAAAACUCGAAUGGGGGAUUUCUGGAUUGGCAGAAGGGACUCCCCCUUUUCUGUGAAACCUUGUAUUACUUUUAAAGAAUUCUCAAUAACAUAAAUAGUACCUAUGUAGCCGGUAAGUGUACGUCCCGGCCGCCCUUUUCUGAAUUUUCUGGAUCGCGCCCCCCGGCCAGUUGUUUCCUGCUAAGACUUAUGGACUUUGGAUUGCUACAUUAUGUAUGACUGUUUUAAGGACAAAGCGCUUGCACAUACGGCUGAUUUUUUGUACGAUGUUUUCAUCUUUUAAUGCAUUCACCUUGUCUUUCUCUAACAAUAUGACGAUCGCCUGUAAAUGGCUGUAAAGUUCAUUGUUACCAAGCAAAAACGUCGCGAUUAACGACUAGACAACACUAUUACAAGAUUCGAUACAGUCUGGAGUAAAAAAACUUCAUUGUUUGUGCGUAAACUACAUCAUCUGGCUGGUGAAAACGUCUCUCUUGGGCUUACCUUAUGAUAUAGGAUCGAAACGGACCAAUCAUAAAUUUCGAUGCUUCGGCGAGGUUCGCCAGUCGAAUAUUCUUAUUCCAUCAAAGAUUCCUUUUAUUUGAAAAUGUGUAUUUCUCAAUUUUAUUAUUUUUUCCAAAAAGUGGGGGUGCGCGGGCCCUGUGAUAAAGAAGCGGCUGAAGUCGGCAAUUAAAUUUGAAUACAUAUCGUGUAUGGAUACUGGCACGUUCCUCGUAUGUAUGUUUUGUUUCCAAUAGGAUGUAAUUGUGUUUGACGGCUGUUUUAAGCCUACGCUUUCGCUGUUGAACUGGCACUGCGGAGACAAAUAAUUCAGAGUAGCAGGUGAAACUGCUUUUAUGGUGUGUUGCCUUAGAGACCGGCAUCACCCUAUCACCAUCAGGCGGUCAAACGAGCAAAAUAUAUAAUGGCAAAAACGAAGUGCCUCAGUGCUUUAGAGUCCUCAUUUUCACUGUUCAAAGUUUAAUAAUUUACCAAAUAUGGUGCCAAACAACUAUAAACUGUUGGAAAUUUACCCCCGAAAGCUAUGUAUUUGAAACUCAUUGCCAAAUUGCCGGCGACAUUCUACAAAAUGAACAGAAACCCGUUAUUUAGGAAAAAUUGAAACCGGUUUCAUCUUAGCAACUAAACAGAAACAAAAUAAAUAAAUAAAUACAUAUUAAUAAAGUGAAUAAUUGAAAAGAAGCCUGACGAGCAGUUUGAUCGCGGUGUACUGAUGAACAUCAAAAGUAACUAUUGUAAGAUAUUUUUUUUUGCGGGUCGAUGAAAUCUUACUCUUUUAUUUUAAAAGCCACUGGGGAACCUAAGGCUUUCUUUCUUAAAACAAAUCUAUGAAAUAAAAUUCUAGGGAUAUGAAUUAGGAUAGUUGAAAAAUAAUGUCUACGUGUUCUGUGAAUAUUAAUCAUUUCAUUAAUCAGUUUAAUGAUCAUAUCUGUUGUUCCUUGUGGGUUUUGUUUAUAGUCUAUUAUUUAAAAGAUUUCCGUUGUCACUAUUCAGAGAAGACAACUAAAAUUUCCUAAUUAUAUUCAAAAAAUUGAAAAAAAAUAUUCACACGCAUGUAGGGAAUGUGAAUUGUAUGGGAUAAAUCUAUAUAUUAUGUUUACGGCAAGAGCUCGUGAGAGUCCAAUGUCUUCUUUUUCUUCCUUUUUUCUUACAUAAAUAUUUUUGUUAUAAGCAAUUAUGGCAAUUCGAAAUUAAUAUCAGCAGGCCACUCUGUCACAUUACACAUGUUUCUUUGCACUGAAUUAGAAUCGCGGAAUUAAACUUCACUGAGUCAGCGACAAUAUUUUUGGUGGUCAGUACGUUGAGGAUGGCUGCAAAAAUAGAAACAGGUGUUUUUCUUCAUCAGUUAAAUUCACAAAGUUACUUAGAUCUUCGUAGCUGAAGCUGAACUUAAAAUUUGGCGAGUGUAUUCUAGAAAAACAUUCACUUUAUAAAUAUUAUGUUUAGAUUCAGCUUAACAACUGGUUGCGAAGAUUUUUCAGCCUUCAAACAUGGCGUAUAGCUUGAUUAACAUCUAAAUUAAUUCUUACCUAUGUUGCCUUAAUUUUCUGCUUGUUAGCCGAAGGAUUUUGAAAUCCCAGCCGACAAUGGAACGCAUAUGUGACUCACAGAAGAGCGGAUAUCUUCACAAGUCACGUUUUUGCUUAUACAAACAUUGCGGAAAUAGAGCUUUUCGCUAGACCGUAUGCAGAAACCUGACGCGCUAUUUAUGAAGAGGACCACUCGCUAAAGGAAGUAAACGAAACAGACACCAAGAAUGAAGGAAGCCCCUUCAACCUGUCAAGUGAAAAUUCAUGGUGAAGAAAAAGUAGACGAAGGCUUUCAAUUUGAAUCAAUCUCUUGUCUUUUAAUCGCCAAAGAUAGCAAGCCAAGGCAAUGGACAAUUCAGCUCAUAAAAUGGCCAUAUCCUUUUGGAAUCAGUGUAAACUGUUCAAGUAGGUUAGCUAAAUAUCAACUUGAUUACGGUAAGCAUUUCGUAUUAAUUUGUCUCUGGGUCAGCGUUUAACCGAAAGUGAAAUUUCUGAUGGGAAAUUCUGAGGCAUACAUAAAGUUCAUGAUAUAAUAGACCUAUUCGGCUAACUCAGAGUUGUACCCAAUUCAAAUCUCCCAGGGAUAAGAUUCUUUGUGUAUUUCAUUUGCAUUAUAAUGUGGCAUUCACAUUUAAAUGAUAUGGAAAUUCCUGAAACAAAACGUUUUAUUCCCAAAGGGUUUGAAUUGGGUACAACAUUGAGUUAGCCGAAUAGGUCUAUCGACUAUCAUCUAACAAACAAAUAAUUUAAUUUUAAACGCGAGAAAUACACAACAAACCAGCAAACCUAAUAUGGUUUGUGAAGAAAGCAAGAGUAUAAAAACUUUUGAUCUGUAGUUAUAGAGUAGUGAUUAAGGGCGAUAACAUGAAAUCAUUUUGGAAAUAAGUUCUAUGCAGUUGAAAAAUUUCUCCAGGAAUAGAUUAUUCAACCAAACUAACGCUUGCAUGUCAAACAGUGCUGAGUGUUGCUUAGUUACACAUACCAGUUGAAUGACGAAUUGUAGCGAAUGCACGUUGAAAGUGAGAUAACUAGGAAAAAAUCAACCACCCCAAAAAGAUAUCUUGACGGUCGUGAAGAUGCACGAUUUAACUUCUUUAAAACUGUGAAACUUAAAACAUUUAUUGUAGAACAUACGCUAUCAACAAUAAAAAUUUCGGUUGAAGGAAAUGAAUUUUUCCUCGAAUCUCAAAUUUAUUACCAUACCAAUCGAAUGCGAAUGAAAUGUUUGGUGCAGGGCGGAUAAAGGAGAACGCUCCGCUCUUCAUUCAAUGUGUGAUGCGGAGUAGGACUGGCACGAGCGCUUUUCCGCGCUUCCGGUGCGCUUGAAGGACGGCGAAAUUGUCGUUUUUGCAAACCGGAAAUCCUAUUUUCUUUCUGUGAUUUCAGGCUACAGUGUUAAAUAGAUAAAUCCGUUUCAUAACAAUAUUAAUAAGCAGUUUCAUAUGUUUAUGUCUUUAUGCCUUUAAGUCAAACUUGUUGGUCGUAUAAUGCCAGAAUUUGAGUUUAAUUUGAAAGUGUUGAAUGCCUCCUCCUUCUACUAAUUAUGACCUAAUCGUCGUUCGCCGUUUCUUUUGCAAAAGCUGAACACUUCUUAACCUUGAUCUUUACCCAUAUUAAAGGGGGAUAAAUUUUGUGUAACAUAACAAAAAAUUAGCUGGAUAUAUUUGGAUAUAGUGGCGUUGUACUUCAUCAAACUUUGCUUUUCGGUCGUGUGCAACGCGCCACGGCGAUUCGUGCAAUGCGUCGUAAAUCCAGCAACCGCAUGUAAACAAAAUUUAUUGAGGUUAAUUGUAAGGUUUUUUCUCCGUUUUUCUCUCUAAAACAAAACAAAGUGAACUGUAAAAACUGAGGGGAAGCUAAUUUUGAAGUUCCGAAGAAACAGAAAGACGUAUGAGAUGUUUUUUUCAAAAUUAAAACGAAAGAUGAUUGUCAUUGAAAUUAGCAUAAUUACACCUUGCAUGAGCUGCACGCAUCUAUAAAAUACAUGUCAUCUAGUUAUGAAACAUGCACACCAUCUGCUGUCUUUUAGUUUUGAUGUGGAUGACAUGAGAUUUUCCUUCGUGUUUUUGACAGUAUUUUGUUCUUUUUGUUUCCGAAUAACAUCGACAUUGGCGAGUAAUAGAACAAAAAAAUUGAUUCAAUGGUAGAGUCACGGAAGUAACCAGAGAAACCAUUUGAAAGAGAUGUUUGUCUACUCCAAAUAAACUUCUCGCAAAAAAUUAGCAACAUUUUCCUCUCAGAGACAGUGUACCAGCACAAAGGAACGAGGAAGAAGUGCAAGGAAACAUCUCAAACCUCCAUGAUUCAUUGACAGUGGCAGUGUCUAAUAGCCAAACCACAUCGCAAGCCCUGACCACGUGUCGUUUGCAACUGCGACCACUUUUUGGGGGCGAUGGUUUUAGAGUUUCUCAAUUGCAUGUGACGCUUGUAAGCGAUCACGUGACGUAUGCUCACUGAAUGUAAUACAAUGCUCAUAGUACGCGAAGAACUUUAUGGUGACAUGAACCCACACAUACCCUUUAGAACUAGUUAGGUGCAAUGAAUUCUUUUCCACAUUGUAGAUGCGUUCGGACCUUUCCUCGCCCGAAGAGACCUAAAACCACCCCACGUCGCCUCCCCACCAAAACUAACAUUUAAUCUUCGCACUUUUGGGUGGUCGCUUACAGGAAGUUCGACUGUAUCGGAACUACCUGUGAUUUUGUAAUUGUUUAUCUGUGAAUGAGUUGACUUCUUAACUUUUCCCUUCUUAAUGGUUAUUUAACAAUUAUUCCUUGAGCCCGAAUGGGCUAUUGACUCAGGGGCCAUAAGGGCGAGAGGUAUAAUUAUUUUUAGUAAAAUUCAACUAGUUGGUCAAAAAUAUCGAGACAAAACAACUUUAGCUAGAAAAACGCGUUGCAGCCGCUAUUCUUUUGGUUUUCAAAGCCGGCGCUUUUCGCUACUAGUGGGCUAUAACAUAUAACCCAGUAGUAGCUCAACCAAUCAGAACACAGCAUUGAUAAUAGACCACUAGUUGGAUUUUACUAAUCACAAAUUAGUCAUGAAAACCUUAUAGGCCAUUUUGAGUUGAUAAAGUUGCUUGCUCUCGUUUGUAGAGAGAUUAGGAAACAGUUUUGUGCGUUUUUGAAUCCUUAACAUUGUUGAACAUGGUUUGAACGAAUCAGCAUGUUUGUUAUCUUCAUAAAUUGCGUCACAUUAGCCAUGUACAAUCCGCUGGACAAACAGUGUGUCACAACCAGGUGUCAAGUGCUUGAGAACAUCGAACAUUUUGUCUUCGCUUUCUUUGUUGCUGAAAUGAUGAUUAAGAUGGUGGCAAUGGGAGUUAUCGGCAAAAAAGGCUACCUCCAAGAUAAUUGGAACAGACUCGAUUGCUUUAUUGUCGUUAUUGGGUAAGAGCUAUAAAUCAACUUUAUCAUAAAAAUAAUUUUCCACACGUUUUGAUUGGUCUAGAGAUCAUUACCUCACCAGCAGACUAUAACAAUAGGAAAAUUAAGUUUGUCAGUCUUAAACAAAGUUGUGCUAGUGCUCACUUUGGUGCAUGCCUUUGGAGGAAAAUGAUACUUUCGUCUUUUUGCUUACUUGGGUUAUAAGGCAAACAAGUAUACUGGUUAAAUGAUCAAUCAAUUAUCGUAUCGCAAAAUAUUAUGAGUUUUAAUUCCCUCGGCAGAUUAUCUGAAGAUGCCGAGGGCAGAGGCAGAUAUUUGAGCUACUCACUACCACUAACAUAUCGUGAUAUUUUAUUUUUCGACUUCGCCAAGAGAACACAUUAGGGCCAUUUAUACGAGGAAAAAUAAGACGCGUCUUACAUAAGACGCGAACUGUACCAUUUAUACGAGCAUGUCUUAUCUAAUAAGACGCGUCUUAGCUAAGCCGCGUCUUAUUUUAGACGAAUUGUGCGCGUCUUACAUAAGACGCGUCUUAUUUUUCCUCGUAUAAAUGGCCCUAUUGAUAAGCAACGGGGCUUUUGCUGACAUGGCUAACUUUGGAAAUUGGUAUAAGGUAGUUAAUUGAUUAAUGCGAUAAGUCAAUGGAUUUUCGUUCAAAGCAAAAUACAUUUUCUACUAAAAAAUUUCCUGCUACGCUAGAAAACCAGCACUACUUACGAUUAACUUAAUUCGCGGCACAAACAAUUGAGGACAAAACCCUCUCUUCUUCUCUUAAAUUAGUCUUUCUUGGUUCGUAACGGCGGAAGUUUCACCUCUUCAUACUACGUUUUUCAUGGGAAAAUAGACAUUUUUAGUUAAGACAAUGGGGGACAGGUUAGCGUGGAAAUUGCUUAACCCCAAUAGGAGAGGAAAAGAAAGCCCAUAUUGAAAAAUGUAUGGCAUCAAAUUGGAUUCAUUACUUUAUCAAUCAUCAUAGUGAUUAAGAGCACCUAUUUACUUAUUUUUUUAGCUUUAUUGAGAAAGCAGUCCAACGCGGUAACUAUCUGACCAUUAUACGGGCUUUCAGAGUUUUGAGGCCACUUCGCGCAAUCAACAAAGUUCCAAGUAAGUAUAUGCAUAAAUUCUUAAUUGUGGUCGACCAGUGGUUUAACCUCUUCUCAGGGCCUCAUAAGGUUUAUCUGUUGCUUCGUGACAACUCUUCUUGAAUUUAAAUUAAAUGGUCAAAGCAGCAUAGGUCAUGCAUGUAUAAUGGCAUCUCGUCUUCAGUACAUACCACCUCCUAUACUGCCAAUUUAAAGGUUUUUUCACGAGACUGGGUCAGACUGGGUGUUCUUUGUUAGCGUUGCGUCGAAUACCUUUGUGGAUAUGGUUUUCAUGACAUAUUUUGACCCAGCCUUUCCCUUGUAACCUCGUAAUCAAUUAUUGUAAUAGCCAUCAAAACAGUCCCAUAGCGCAAUGCGACACAAUCAUGACCUAGCCUCCUCAUGCACAAUCUGCAAAUGGUCUAUACGGCCUUACUGCUACAUUCCACGGGUUCAAGAAAACAUUAUGAGUGGUCACAUGACCGAGGUCUGACAAGUAUCUACUGUGUUGUGUUUUAUUAAUUGUUUACUGAUUCCUUUUGUAUGUAAUUCUGAAUUGCAGGCAUUCGUAUUUUAGUGACGCUUCUCUUGGACACACUCCCAAUGCUAGGCAACGUACUGAUGUUAUCUUUUCUGAUAUUCUUCGUCUUCGGUAUCAUUGGCGUACAGUUGUGGCAGGGAAAACUGAGAAACCGCUGCUUUACAAACUUGAAUGAGAGUUCAAUGUUCUUCACCAGGUAUUCACACAGUAGCAUCAUUUCCUGUUCAAAACGAACCAGGGACCCGUUUCUCGAAAGCCCUUAUGACUUUCCCGGUCCAAAACCAAACAUUCAAGUCAAAAUGCAAAUAUUAGAGAGUUUUAGAUCCGAGUUACCCGCGAACCUCUAACCGCGGUUUGCGGUUACCCGUUUGCGGUUACCCGUUUGCAGUUCGACAUUCAAAUAUAAUUCGAUUUAGAUUGGCGGUGGAUUAGAUUGGGGCCGCCAUUUUGAAUAAGCAGCCAUGAAUGGCACUUGUUUUCAAGAUCCAAUAGGAUUUAUCAAGUUUAGCAUUUCGCCCGAAUUUGUGCCUCUGUUAAAGAAUAAAGACUUGCUCCACAAGAUUUUUGUAUCACUACGUGGGAUAAAACAAUAAUUACACGCUAAAAGCUUUCAGGUAAAUGACAUACGUGAAAGCCUACCUCCCCACGUUGAAAACGCACGUCGUAAACCUCAAACGUGACGCGAAAGACUUGUCACGUGACCUCCAGCGGUUAGAGGUUAGCGGUAAACUCGAAUCUAAAACUCUCCAUUAAAAGCGCGGGUCCUAACUAACAAACCAGCCUAUUUAUUUGUUAACUGGUAGUUCUAUCAUGUUAUCGGGAAAACUAUUUGAACCUCACUUUUAAUUGUAAACAACAACAGAUUUCGGGGCCUCGUUAAUUAACUAUUGUCGGGACUUUCGAGAAACGGGCCCCAGGCGAGGAUCCAAGAAAAUUGAAAUUAUAAAAAAAAAAAAAGAAAAUUGAAAUUCAAUGGGACUGUUUGUUGAUUACUCGAGGGGCGAAGCAGUGUAUUUGUGGGGAUCGGAUCAUGAGCUAUAUCGACCCCCGAAAAUUCGUUAACUUAACGUUUGCUGAACUAUUUGAGCCACUUUUCAAUUUUUACCCUCAACGUACUUUUUAACAUUAACCGUACGAUUAAAAGAGGCUUUCAUACUUGACUGAUAGCCUAUUUUUUAAGUCUUGAAAUGCUCUGAUACUAACGAUUCUAAGUGGCUUGUAAUUUAGUUAUGAAUGACCCCUAAAGUUGCUGUUUCAUGCCUUCAGAUAUAACCAGUCAAAAUAUUAUGUGCCGUCCUUCACCAGUCCAGAUUUCGUCUGCUCUCUACCAGCAGACCAUGGCACUAGCAAGUGCUCCGAUAUUGAUCCGUAUUAUCAGAACAAGAAAGAAUGUAACGCUUCUUUUGAUAAUAACUAUGCUGGAAAUAACUCACUGUGCGUGAAUUGGAACAAGUACUAUGGUACCUGCCAACCUGAUGGACCUAAUCCGUUCUAUGACACUACAUCGUUUGAUAACAUUGGUAUUGCAUGGAUUGCCAUAUUUCAGGUAAAUAACGUUCUCUACUAUUGCCAAUGUUCAUUAUUUGCACUGUCUAGUAAACAAUAAGGCGUGUUGUGGGAUGGUUACAAGUCGUUUCGAUACACUCGCCGUUUUUGAUACAAGUUAAUUCGACCAAAUUUGUUCUGUAGAGUUGACAAUAGCUCCACGUACUUGGCUUAAUGAACGAAGAAUGGCUCACCCAAUCCAAAAUUUUUUCUUGAGCAUGCGCAAACUAUACUUCCAGCGAAAGAAAUUUUUGUGCAAUUUCACCGGUUGAGUUCAUAUCGAAACGAGUUGUAUCGAAAAAGACCUUGUAUUGAAACGAACGGUUUCCUGUGGGAUAAGAUGGAGCCCAGUACUUCAGCUGAUCUCAGUCUUGUUGACAAGAAAUACCUUGAAAAGGAUUUUAACCCAUCACGGUGUUUAAGCCAGCGGCAUCAAUGUCACAGGAUUCCCACUUAUACCCUGUUGAGGAAAGCCAAAGGACAGCAAAUCUCUAGCUUAAGGAGACAACAAGACUGAAAAGUCAAGGUUCCAGCUCGACGCUGACUUAUUCCAGGCUCCAAAGUAAUGAGGAAGGAGAAUCGAGAAAAGUUGCGGGAAAACCGCGUGGGGCUGGGGAGAGACAGAGUAGUAGAGCUUAUAAGCAUUGUUUUAAGAGAGCUUUAGCAUCGACGACUGAGACGUUAGCGAAAACACAACGUCACUUUUAAAAUAAAUUCGCAUUUUUUCAAACUUUGUCGCGUUUAUUCCACUUAGCUGAAAUAUAAAUGUAGGCGAGUUUUUCCCAGGAGUUGAUUUCUUGGGUAUCCCACUAAAAGUUAGAGAGAGAAAGAAAAAUUCGUCGUGGUUUGUUUGCAUCCUCCAUAAAACGUGAAAGUAGGCAUUUUCACGCCGUUUUCGUCCAGCCAAUGGCAAAGAAAUGUACAAAAAAGCGUGAUUCACGUGCAAAGUUAUUGUUUUGCUUAAUAAAUCUAUUGCUCUUCCCAGCGCCAUCGUCGUUGCUAAAGCUCCCUAAUACCUCAUGCCGAUACACCAGCUCCUGGUACACACCCUGCGAUUGGUCAAUUGGAACAGUUUACUUCAACAUUUACGUCAUUCAUUUGUUUUCGCGCACGCAGAGUCUAACAAACAUCUCAAGCAUGUGAAACACCGCGCAGGAUUAGCUCAGGCGGUAGAGCGCUUGACUGCAGAGCGGUAUCGGUCGCGGGUUCGAUUCCUGGGGCCGGACCAAUACCCAGGGUCUUAAAAUAACUGAGAAAUAAAGGUACUGCCUUGCCCUGCAAAUGCCUAGACCUUCGCGCGUGGCUCGGAUGACCACGUAAAAUGGCGGUCCCAUCUCCGGUAGGAGACGUAAAAAUAGUGUCCCCAAUGGGUACUUUCGUGCUAAAUACAUUGACACUCAAUUAAGGUGUAUUUUUUUGUCGUAUUGACAUUUGACAUUCUGACAUGAUAAACGGUUUUUCAGGAAGUGAGCGGGGUAGUAGUCGGAUUGAGGUAUUUGAAAAGAUGAUUACAGGCUCUUGAUACCCUUUCUCUUCUUGCUGUUUUUCGCUUGUUCGCUAUUUUACUGCUCGUCCUUACCGACUGAGAGCUUAGCAUAGGCUACUAGCUCGAUGCGCUAACAACUACUGUUUUAAAACCGGGAGCUCUUCCCCCGAUUAUGGCUCCUGAUAAAACUUAAGUUCAUCCAUGCGCAUAUUGACAUUACCUGAACUCAAAUAAUGGGAUUAGUUUGUCUGUGAAGAUGAACUAAAUAGGACCAUUUUUCUUAGAACAGUAUGUGCAAGCACCAACUGGAGAAGAAAAUAAUAAUAAAUACAGAAACUUUUAUUUUAAACAGGUUAUUACCCUCGAAGGUUGGUCAGAUAUCAUGUAUUUUGUUCAAGAUUCUCACAGCUUCUGGAACUGGAUUUACUUUGUUGUGCUGAUAGUGGUGAGUUAACAGCUGUUUAUACAUAUGCCCUGUUUAGUUUCAUCAGCACUUAGCUGGUGCCUAAGAUUUUGUCAAUAUGAUUUCAAAAGAUCAUGUGUUAACGCUUUGACUUUGCAAGAACCGUGUUGUGUUAUCACAUGAAUUGUAAUAACUCGAACAUAUAUAGAAGAGAUUAUCAUGUUUUUCAACCUUGAGAGGGGAGGGGUUGACAUAAAGAAAACAUUCUAUGAUUUUAUCGAUGUUAAUGUAGUCCACCGCAAUUUGGAGAGAUUUCACUGCACAAUACAGGUCUAAAAUAUACCAACUAUACUUCUUUGGUGUGAUUUAAGGGGAUAUAUUAUCUAUAUCUUUCAGUGUAUGGUCAGUUACUGAUGUUAUCACAUCUGGCUUUGUUAUUUGAUAGAUGGGUUCAUUCUUCCUCGUGAACUUGUGCUUAGUGGUGAUCACAAUGCAGUUCCAAGAAACAAAGGCACGUGAGAUAGAGUUAAUGGAGCAUAGUAAAAAAGAGACUGGGUUCCACCACCCAUCGUCACUGAUGUCGUUUGUCAAGUUUCUUCAAAACUUAUGCAAAUGCGCCUCUAAAGAUAAAGAACCUCAAGUUCAUCACCAUCAUCACCAUUUUUUUCAUCAUCACCACUUUCAUCACCAUUUGUACAACUGUUUUGUGCCGGCUUCUCCGGUGAUGCUUUCUAACGUGCGAAAUGUUUCUGAUCUGGCUCUUUCAUCGGAAAUACCAGAAAUAAAGGUCCAAGAAGAAGGAGAACAAGAGGUAUCAUUUCCUCCAUUGUCCGAGGAGUUUAAUGUGUAUCAAAAAUGUCUAACUUCGACUCAUGAACAAGCUUCUCGAAGAAGUUCAAGAACUUCCACGUGCUCACAUACGUUAUCAAUACAUGCCGAAACAGCAUCAGCCGUUUCUUUCGAAGACAUCAUGGCGGAAACGAAGACAAGUGUAACUUUAAACAUUCCCUCACCGACCGCCACUGUGGGCUUCUUUGCAUUUGCGUCGAGUAACAGUAGCCCUAGAAUGAGGAAAAAUCCUAACAUCGAUAAAGCCGAACAUUCUACAUCCACAACCGUUUCAGCGGAAAUAAACCCACAAUAUUCCAGCGUUAACUUUGGAAAACAAGAUGAGCCCAAAAUGGAACUAAAGGUCGAAAAGAAGUCAUCGCUUCGUCGUAACGAUAAAGAUGCAUCAAAAAAGCGGCGCUUUAGCCAGCCAGUUCACGUGAAGUUGGAUUGCACUCCAACUCCUGUUAUCUCAACGUACAGGCCCUCAGAAAUAGUUAACGAGGACAUAGACCCUGAUAAUUCUAUUGAGGUUGGAGCAAAUCCUGUCAAACUAGAAGUAGAGGGUUUUUCAACUUCUCCUAAACAUAAUUUACAGAGCAGUGACCUUUCUUUUCAAGAAAUCUCUUCAAAUAAGGGGCUGGAAGAUGAUAUCAAACCAGUUACUGCCCCCCUAAAAAAACCAUCACUAUCUCACCGUAGUAUCUCUACACAGAGUGAAGACGAUAUGUUUGAAAGUCUUUUUAACUUACGCCAAAGCGCCUCGUAUGAUGUUACAACGAAUCAUGGCAUUUGGCAGAAGUUCAGAGGUCUUUGCCGAAAAAUUACUGUUAGCAAGCAGUUCACAUUCUUCAUCAUGAGUGUUAUUCUACUGAACAUGAUCUGCAUGGGCCUUGAACAUUACAAUCAGGUAUGCAUUAAGUACUUUUCAAGAUUAUAGUGGUUUACAAGAAGUCGAGACCAUAAUAGGCAGAUUUAUAGCAGGGAAAACAUUAGCCUGAGAAAACAGUCGACAUUUCGCGACGCCGCCACUUGUUUCCCAGCGAGAUGAGUUGUCACUACCCAGAUCUGUGUAGUGCUACCAAUCAACCAAGUUUAGUUGUCUCAGUUUUCUGUGGUUUCUGGAGUGAUUGAGAGCGAUUCUAGUAAAUUAAAGUUCCAUUGCUUUCCUAAGAUAUAUCCACUAAAGAGGAAGCAACUUAAUUAAUAGCCCUCCUAGUCACAUAAAACAAGUCAACAGGCAGAGAAGCUUAGGUAGGAAGUAGUUUUUGUUAUUUUUGAAUCCAAGUAGCAGUAGUAGUUCUUUUCCACGUACGACCAAAAUUAUAAAAUAGAGCACUCUAAUUCAUGCAUGCCAGUGCAGUGGAUGCUAAGAUUCUUUACAUCUAGGAUAAAGGGUCUUACUUGUGAUCACAGACCCUCCCUUAUAAUUUUGCUGUUACCAUACUGUUGCCAUGACGCCCAAAUUACAACAACCACAAAACGCUGAAAAGAAGUCACUACUUGUGCUUUAUCUCUGAUGUUUUCUAUCGCAGCCUGAUAGUCUAACUGUUGCCCUGGAGACCACAAACAUAAUUUUCGUAUCCAUUUUUGGGAUUGAGAUGAUACUAAAGCUACUGGGAGAUGGAGUGACUAUGUAUCUUAACAACGGACAAAAUGUGUUUGAUGGAGUAAUUGUCAUUGUAAGGUAGGAAUGCUAUGUCUCGAGAAGUUGAUUGUAAUCACUGCGCUACGAGAAUGGAUAGGUAAUUAAAUAUUGAUUUAUUUCCCUUAAUGGAAAGCCUCACUGACUCAAGUACUGGUAACUUCAAAAAUAAUGACAAAUCUUGUCAUUAUCUUACAAUCUAUUUCUAUACAUUGAACUCACUAUCUGUCUUCUCAUUGGCUAAGAAGAAGAGCCUACAGCUAAUUUUGGAAACAAGCGCAACCUACAGAUUCGUUAGUUAUCUGGUAGCAGAUAAUUGACUAAUCUGUAGGUUGCGCGUGCAAUGCAUGAUUUCCAAUAACAAUAUCAAUUCAGGUUUCUUGCGACGGUGUGUUUGUCGUUAUUUUCUUCAAAACAAUGUAUUAUAGAACAAUUAUUAGAUUCGGUUUUUGUGAUAUCCUAAAUAAUCAAGGUCUCGGUAAGUGUUAUCAGCCUCGGCCUUCGGCUCGGCUGAUAACACUUACCUCGACUUUGAUUAUUUAGGAUAUCACAAAAACCUCAUCCACUAAAUGAUUGUUUAUUAUUGGUUUUCUCUGCUAAGUAAUUGUUAUCAAGAUGUUGGCACUUGACCAAUUAUUCACCAUUGAUUGGUUGAAGCUAGAGUAGUGAUUUUCAGCUACUCAUACCUCAAAAUGUCAGAUUUUUAAGGUAUUAUAAAAAUAUCUAUACCACUAUUUCAAAUUUAAUAUAAUUACGAGGUAAAAACCCACUAGGCGGGAGGUGAAACAGUUCAGUUUUGGUCCGCCUAUUUUCUUUCAAGGCUAUUAAUAGUAAAUAAUUUUGAUUAGCUGGCUAUUGAUAAGCAUGGCCGAGUUGAACUCUUGAUGACCGAGAGCAACUCCUUAAAAGAGAGGGUUUGAACCCAGAUGACUCGGUUUAAAUUCAGGGCCCUAAGCUGGCACCCUGUCAUAAUUUAAUAACCGCACCAUCUCCUUUUAAAUUUCAGUGUCUGCGAGAUACUUCUUUCCAAAGGGAAUUCCGCCCUAUCAGUGUUUCGUAGCAUCAGACUUCUCCGCAUUUUCAAACUUGUCAGACCAGUUCGAUACCAGUUACUCGUGGUUAUUAAAACCAUGACUAGUGUGAUGACCUUUUUUGGCCUGCUUUUCCUAUUCAUAUUUGCAUUUGCAAUCCUUGGUAUGAAUUUAUUUGGUGGAAAAUUUGAAUUCAAGGACGCUGAAGGAGAGCUUGUCACCUCCAGGAGUAAUUUUGAUGACUUCCUUUGGGCAAUGGUAACUGUGUUUCAGGUAUGCCUUCGGUUAUCGUGUCAAGCAUAAUUUUUAUCCAUCAGGCCCCGGUUGUUCAAAGAUGGAUAACGUUAUGCACCGGAUAAAUUACUAUCCAGUGGAUAAAUAUUGGGGAAACCAAUUGCACUAUCCACUGGAUAGUGAUUUAUCCGAUGGAUAGCGUUAUAUACCUUUUGAACAACUGGGGCCUGGUGCGGUCAGUCCGCAUCGAGCGUUAGGUUAAAUGUUCGCUUAACUGAUUGUGUAAAUUUUACUACUUCUCCGUUGCUAUCCGCUACUGAUUAGUAGAUGCCACCAAAAAAUAAACGCAAAAGUAUUAUUUUAUGUAGAAACUCCGAUUCCCUUAGUAUAGGUAGCAAAAACGAUUCAUAUAUAUAUAAUUUUUUGAAAAAUUUGGUGAUCAAUGAACCUUGGAUCAAAAUCAGAAAUUAUUCUACCUUUCCAACUCCCUCUUUUUCUAACGAAUAAAAAGUUAUUAAAAUUGAUUUGAAGAAAAACGUACGCAUCAGGGGAUGCCUACGUUGUUUCGAUCAAACCUUGUAACUCACUCACUCACUCACUCACUCACUCACUCACUCACUCUCUUUAGCGUCUUUUUAAAAAACAUUACAGUUUUCUCUGAGUCUUCAUACUAAAACCGUGAAUUUUCCGUAACAUAGAUCCUUACCCAGGAGAACUGGAAUCGAGUAAUGUAUGAUGGCAUGCGCAGUACAAACAAGUGGGCAGCGCUUUACUUUACGACCCUGAUGGCUGUUGGGUAUUACGUGUUGUUUAACCUACUCGUGGCAAUACUGGUGGAAGGAUUCACAAACUCUGGGGUAAGCAUGCAUGCCCUGGGUAAUUUUCCAGGGUUCAUUUAUGUGCAAUGCUUUAAUUAACCUGAAAAUUAAAAUAUCCCAAGUUACAGCUCACAAAAAAGAACGUACUUCUUAAGAGCAACAACAUAGGAUUAAACCUUCAUCAGUUGGGGGAAAGGGUUGUGCCUGUAACUGAAAGGUUCAGGCGAGAAAAUUUAUUAAGUUUCCUCAAGGAGAGCAGAAACGAGAAUGGACAAUGACUAUCAAUUUGCGCCUUGUGCAACCAGUUCACUAUUAACAAAGGAAAACGCCUCUGCGUAUUGUCAUAUUUUUUCACUCACUACCUGUUCUGAACGUUUUUUUAAUCCUCUAGAAAGAAAAUCUCCCUCUAAAGAGUGAAAGAAAAAUGGAAAACCCUGAUUCUAAUUCAGAGACGAUUAACAAGCCCCAUAUAGUAAUCUCUUAUUGCGAUUCAAACGAGUCUUGUCCCGGGAGCUGUUGUCAAGAGGCCAAGCCCGAAUUUUGCGGUCACGGAGUACGCAACGCUCUAGGUAUGUAGCAUAAAUUGUUAGGGCUAACAAAGAGCUUUUGAAAAUUGUGCUUAUAUGUCUGUGGGUGUUGGUUGCAACUAACAAAAUGGAAAGAGAAAUUUUGACGAACGAGGGCCUGGCUCUGACAAUAGGGUCUGGAAGGGUAUUUUCGGGAUUUGCGAUUUAACCAAAAUGCGGUGCUGGAUUCGAGAAAAGGAAAAAUAUCUUUACGGGAAGCGGGAUCUUACAGCUACUCGGGAAUUAUGUUGAGAAUUCGGGAAAUAAUACGUUUGAGCAGCAAACUAAGUGGGGUCUCCUUUCACACCAGGAAUCGAUUACCGGUUCAAACUUAACUAUAGAGUAUGAGCUAGUAUGCCUUGUUAAUUAUUUUUUUAUUAUUAUUAUUGUUAUUCAGUAUUGUUUUCGGAAACAAAAAAGGAAUUCGGGAAAGCGAUCAAGAAAAGUGCGGGGUGUAGGAUUUUCGUAAAGAAGGAGCGAGAUUUCGGGAUCAGGCCCUUCCCCCCCCUUUCAGAAAUUCAACUUUCCUUAUUAGAAAACAAAUGGUAAGAAACGUAAAGAAACAAACAAAAAUUAAUAUUAUAGUCAGUCUUCAACUAAAGGUUAAGUUUCAUUUGCGUUAAAUAUCCCUUCUUGCAGGAACAACAUUCCAGUUGAAGUCCAACUUUGCGCCAAAUCUAACCUUAGUAAAUCAGGAACCCAAAGAAGGUACAAACAAAAAGCGAGUCGAUGAUUUGUCCUAUCAACCACAAGACACCUCGCUGACAUUACCACAGUUGAAGCGAAUGCGACAGGCCUCGAUGUCGAUCAUCAGACGAACAGGACACACGAACCAAAGGAUAGCGGAUCACGAAAUCUCCGCCAAUAAUUCGGGCUUUGAAAUGAACGAUAAUUUAGAAAAGGAUCUUGACAUUUGUGAAACGAAACGAAAUGAAGAGGCUUUGUCAACGAGAACAUUUGAAUUCAAGCCAGAAAUGGCUGAUUCUCCCGUUAUUAAAGCAAGCAAUAGUGCGGGUAUCGACACGACUGAACGUCUUCGCAAGUCAGAGACGUCGUCAUCUCCCACUGGAAUACAGUCAUACCAAAUAGGUUUCCACAACACCCUUAGGGAUGAUGAUAUUUAUCAACAGCGUGAAAGAUACGCUCCUGAAAGUAAGGUAAUGCUAAGUUAAAAGAGCGAUGUUUGACAACGGCAUGUCAAAACAGAUUCCUCGCUUACCCUGAGCAGAACGGCUAUGGGCCGGGGAGGGGGGGAGGGAAUUCCUUAAUUAGUCCCGGCAUUUGAUAACGGUUUGCUAUGCGUAACUGAUUAAAACACCAAGUCAAGGUUUGCUCAAUAUCGUAAUUAAAUUUCCCAAGAGAAUUUCUGGUUCUUUGUGUGGGUAAAAAUCAGCCAUAUAUUCAGUAGUCUCGUACAUGUAUGAUAAGCAGCUUUUAAUUCAAAAAAUGUAACUAAAAUGCAAUUUGUAACUCUGAAUAAAUCUCCAUCUUUGAUAUUUUUCUAAAUUCAAAGCCGAAGAAGGAAAAAGACCCAAGUAUUGGACAGCAACGAAGGGAUUGGUCCUUGUAUCUUUUUCCAGCCUCUAGCAGGUACGAUUGUGUAAAAAAUGUUCCAUGUUGGGAAUUGUUCACAGAGUAACAUGCUCAAUAAUAUGUCGAUGAAAAACUGUGAAAACUAAAAAAAAUUCAUCGUUAAAUACCUUUUUCUAAUAUUAUGCCGUGAAGAUGUCAUCAUCAUUAUAUUAUCAUCAUCUGGAAUAGAAACCGGAAGGUCAUAGUUUCAACUCCUAUUAGGAGAACUCGGAUUUUUUCGUUCGUGCCGCCUGUGCCCUGACCGAAAAAAAAAUCAUCUCAUCAUCAUCAUCAUAAUCAUAAUUAUCAUCAUCAUCAUCAUCAUCAUCAUCAUCAUCAUCAUGAAGAUCAUUACCAUUUGACAAAGUAGGUUAUAUAUAAAGUGUAACUUGAAAGCUUACGUAAACCUGAUACAGCAUUACAUAUCUAGCCGAUUUUUUGAAAAGCAACCUAACAAAAUUUGCAGUCAUUUGAGUGAAAAGGCGUCAAAAGGCAGGUUUCUUAAUUCCGAGAAACUCCAAAAUCACGUUAACAAAGGAAAAGGAAAGGAGAAAAAGAAAGAGCGAGGAGAAGAGAAAAAAGCAAUGGGUACACUCUUAGUUUUUAUAAUGGCUACCUUGGAGAAAGGUUUUGGCCGAAAAAAACUGUUGAACGCAAACGGUCCAUUUGGCGGUAUCCGGCUAGAUAUUCACAGACACAGAAGAUAGACCACCCACCGCGGUCUACACCCCUUACUCUUUACGAACAGAUUUUAGCAUGAGUAAGGGAUGUGAUAUUUUAUACGGAGCCUACGAUUUAUUGUCUAGGGGGCAAGAAGAUUAGAACUCUAACCGUUUGCAGAUGUCACUACAAAAUAAACACUUCAAUUUGUCCGGUCGGGGUUUAAACCCGCGGCCCAUCUCUCGUAGACCAGUGGCAACAGGAUGACAGUAGAUCGUUGAACUGUACAAACUUUUUAGUAUUAUUGAACAGCUUUUUUACCAUGGUUUUAAAGAUUUGAUUUGCUACUGUUUCUAUUUUUUCUGCCAGGUUUCGUUGUUUUCUGAUUGCAGUCUGUGAACACAAAUACUUUGACUACGUGGUUCUGUUGUUUAUUCUAACAAGCUGCGUGGCCCUGGCACUAGAAGAGCCGAACAUGCAUCCAAAGGUAGAGGGACAUAUAUCUCAAUUUGCUUUCAGAAGCCGCCUAGUUCACAUUUCCCUAUAAUAUAAUUCCUGGCUUUUUAUCAUUUUAUAGCAAAAAUGGUCACAUCUCAAUCUCUUGUUUGUGUGCAUGUGUAAAAUCAUAUCUAUGACAGCAAAAUUAGUUAAAAAAUGAACUGAUGAGGUCGGUAAUUUUGCCUUCAGAGUUCGCGGCAGACUUUGCUAGUCACUGAUAGCUUCAAUCGCAAAGCUCAGCUUUUUUGGCUCCUUUUAUAUUCACAGAAACGCCAAAUAAUUGACAUCGCGAUGGUUGUGCUGACCGGAAUUUUCAGUGUUGAAAUGACCAUGAAGGUAAAUUGAUCUUACUAAAUGAGUUGUUUUGAUUUCGCUAUUAGUAAUAAACUGCCGUGUUCGACCUCCACUAUGGCAUACUGAAACUAAAACCAUGCACAAUAUUUUAAGCAGAGGAUGAUUCAGUAAGAACUUAGAGCACUGAAAGGUUUCAUCUUUCUCAAGGUAGCUCAAGGUCCAGAUAACUUACUCAACAACCUACAUUGAUGCAUUUAUGCCUCUAUUAUUCUUUCAGUUUAAUAUUUAUUGUGCACGAUUUCAUGCACCAGGCUCGACCGCUUGCGGCUACAAAACAUCCAAUUCCAUUGUUUCUUUAAUGCUUCUUUCGAAGCCUUUAUAUACGCGAAUUACCCAUUUAUAUCAAUUGCAUAUAUUUUGGAUACUCUUAACUGGCCAAAAUAUGCGCCAUGAAUAAGUCUAAAAACUUUUUUAUAGUUGACUUUUUGAGCUUUGAAAGAAGUAUAAAGGGUUUAUAUAAAUAAAUUAACGUCAAGAAUGACGCUUUCAGUAUUGCCACUCGCCAUCACAAAAUGAAGAAGACGAAAAUAAUGAGCUGAGAAAGAAGGAGACAAGCAUAAAAAAGCCUCCUUCCUCUACUUGAUUUGUACUAGAUGAAAUGAUCGCCUGGGUAAAAAUUUGAAGACAUAUCUUUGCAAGCAGAGCACCUUAUUAAUUCCAUUGAAAAAUGAGUUGUAAAGAUAGGAAAAAAGGGAGCCUAUAGAAAGCUCCAUACAGUAAUGAUAGAGAUUACCACUCACAAGUGAUCUGUUCAUUACAGAUUGUCGCUCAUGGUCUUGUUAUUGGUCCUGGAUCUUACCUGAAGGACGGAUGGAAUGUUCUGGAUGGGAGCCUUGUGUUGGUCUCCUGGAUUGAUGUCAUCAUUACCUACAGCACUGCUUCUGCGCCGGAAGUGCUUGGAGCCUUGAAAGUCUUCCGGGCAUUGAGAACCCUUAGACCGUUGAGGUAGGUCUACCAACCGAACCUUUUGUUGACAUAAAGGGUCAAUGAAUCAAUCAAUUAAUCAGUCAAUCCAUCGAUCAAUCAAUCAAUCAAUCAAUCAAUCAAUCAAUCAAUCAAUCAAUCAAUCAAUCAAUCAAUCAGUCAAUCAACAACCAAUCAAUCAGUCAGUCAGUCAGUCAAUUAAUCAAUAAGAACUUUAUUAAAGUGUCAAACGCCUAGCACACUAUGAGUGGUGCAAUAAUCGGAGACACUUAGACUCAAACGCGUAAACCAUGUUUGAUUCGGAAAAACACUAGUCUAUACGUCGUGUCAGAGUUUUAUGGAUUCAAAUCUACUUCUUGGCCCUCUUUUAAAGUUAGUGAUUAAUAAAAUUAGUCGGUGUGACAACUCCCUUGCAGCCAUUAACAUAAUCUUUAUCAAUGUAGGAUGAUUCGCCGUGCCCAAGGUUUAAAGUUGGUCGUUCAGACUUUGUUGUACUCGCUGAAGCCGAUUGGAAACACUGUUCUGAUAGCAGCUAUUUUCUUCGUUAUGUUUGCAAUACUUGGAGUACAGGUACGUUCUUUCUUCUUUUAAUUUCCCCUUCCUCUUUGAUACCGGAUUAAACUCUAAGUUAACGUUUAGGGGGCCAUUCCUAUAAAGUUCAACAGCAAUUUACUGCAACCAUUUUUCACAGAAAAGUACACCAUGUCUCCACUUGUAGGCAUUAAAUCUAUGUGCAAUGUGAAUAAAGUCGAACCUCCAAUGACGGUCACCUCUCUACAACUUCUCUUUAUCCAGGAGGACAGUCCAUACAUUGAAUCUUGUUUAAAACUCGUUACAAAGGCAUAAAGCUAUGUGGAUGAUCUUUUCUGCUAUAUUGAAACUAUUUAUUUGUAUACAUUGUUGUCAUACCAUUUAUACAUUUUUGUUAGCCUUAAACCCCCUUAAAACAGUUUAUAAUUAAUAAAAAAGGCCACUCUAUGACGAGCAUUAUUCGUAUGUGCUUACAGCGAUAUUCUUAAAGAUUUCAGUCAAAAUACCUUUUCACUGGCCCCCUAAAUAAAUUCCUGAGAUAAAUAUAUUCGAGAAUAAUAAAGCUUUGACAGUUGUCUAAGUAGGAUUGUUCUCGUUCCAUGCUACCGAGUGUAACGUAUCGUCAAGGUUACUUCAUAAUACCAAACAUACGCCAUCUUGAAUCUCUUAAGUUUCAUGAGGAACGUUAACUGUGUUAGCCAAAUGACAAUAUACGGAGGAUAAUUUGCCUUUUGCUGACAUUAAAAUGUAACUGGUUCAACCUUUCAGAUUUUCAAGGGCACCUUUCAUUAUUGUGAAGGAAACAGCCGCGUUAAAAACAAGAAAGAAUGUUUGAAGAGUAGUAACGGUCACUGGGAAAAUCAUAUGUACAAUUUUGACAACUUACCUCAGGUAAAUCUGAAUUCCAUAGGUUCGAUAUAAUUGUUUAAUUUGAACGAAAUUUUGAUUAUCGGUAGCGUUCCUAAUACCUUUAAAGGGUGGUUCAUGCUGUGGUGAUUCUUUAAGUCAGCUAUCUGUAUAGGUAUAUGAAUAUUAUGUUCCUGUCUUGCUCUGUCUUUGGGGUCGACCUAUUCAUGUACUUUGCAAUAGGAAUGAUCAUGCCAUUCCUCUUUUUAUUGAUGCAAAUAUCCUGCCAAUUUGCCUUCUCUAUUUUAAGUCCGUAUCUUACCUAAUGCAUGAUAUUCAUAUUAAUACUGCGCCCUCACAAUCCAGAAGACAUCAUAGCUAUUCAUGCUUAUGAGACAAGAUCAUCCUUCAAAAAUAAUAUGUACAUCAAAAAAACAAUAUUGAAAAACUUAGAGUUACCAGGUAGAAUGAGAGAUAUGUGUAAAAGAAAAUUAAUUUAUUAUUAACCACGACAGACUGGAUUACCUUAGCUUGAUGCAACUAUGAUAACGCGAGAAAUAAAAUCGCGAAAUCCUAAACCUUGGCUUUUCCACAACUUGCAUAUAAAACAGAUUUGUCUUUCUUGCUUUUGACUUUAUUACACAUAUCCUUUCUUUUCUUUUCUCCUUCCAUUUUAAUUAUUCAGAUUAUUAUCAGUGAAAUCGGUUUCUAAUAGCGCGUUAAUUUGGCACGCUACGACUAGCGUUUUGGGUAACUGCGUGCCAAGAAAUUGUAUAAGGAACGCUUAGGUAACAAAUUUCGACUGUAACGUAACUAUACAAAUAACUUCAUUAAAAAUAAGAUCGAUACUUGUUCUGAUGUAGAACAGAUAUAUAAUAAGUCGUGCUGAAGUUACCUUCCAUAUCGAUAAGAGCUUUCUAGGUCAGCAACUGACUUCGGGAAUAAAGGAUUUAGAAAUAUAAUUUGCAAAUUCAAUUAAAAAUUUAUCAUAUUUUUUCACCAUCAUUCCAAGGCUCUUAUUUCAUUAUUUGUGUUCUCCACACGAGACGGAUGGGUGGAAAUUAUGCACAAUGGAAUUGAUGCUGUGGGAGUCGAUCAACAGGUGGGUGUCUUUCCUUGUAGUUUUUAAACGAAAAUGUCGAAUGGAGAUGUUUUUUUCUAAGUUGUCAAGAUAUAUCAUAUGUUUUCCUGUUUCUUAAGACUGAGACAUUAAAGGCAUUCUAGUUAUAGCUCAGGAGUUGAUUCAGUUCAGCAUUAAGAGCACCUUCACUAGCAGCUUUUGCACUCUCGAAAUUGAGCAUUAACUUUUUACUUCAAUCUUUUCCUUGAAAGCCUGUAAAGAACUACGCUGAAUGGCGACUUGCGUAUUUCAUUCCUUUUCUUAUGCUGGGUGGCUUCCUUGUGCUAAAUAUGAUCGUGGGUGUGGUAGUAGAAAAUUUUCAACGCUGUCGAGAAAGACUCGAGGACGAAGAAAAGCAGAGAAGACGAAGAAAGAUGCUGGACAAAGCAAGAAGCAAGAAUCAACAAGGUGGAUAUUACCUUCCUUUUGCGCUUGUAGUGCUGCGCCUACAAUUUCAACCUUUAGGAAUAAUUUCAUAAUUAUGCUAUUUGGCCUGUCUGUAAGUCAGAUUUAUUUCGUCUGCCAGAAGGCGAGUCUACAGAAGCUUAGUAUGUAUGCACGUUGCAUCAUAUCGUAAGAUAAAACCUAGGAGGGUUUUUUGUAACACUGUGUACAAACAUUCUGUCUCUUUUUCUAAUCAUGCCUGAUUUCAUCAGCAUAGUCUAUUUAUUUACACUCACCAGAAAGUCACAAAUUAUAAUUGCCUUAAGGACAGCAAGCAACUACUUAACGAACCCGCCAGAGAGAAAAAAAAAAGAAAAACAACAGUAACAACAAAAGCAAAUACAAAAGAAAGUAAAGAACUCUUAUUAAUUACAUCUUCAUGUUUUUCUUCCAGAGGUAGACCGAACGUAUUACCAAUCUUACAGCAAAUGGCGACGGCGUGUUCAUGAUGUGUGCCUUCACAUGUAUUGGGACGUCGUUAUUGCUAUGGUGAUUUGCCUGAAUGUAAUCUGCAUGUCUUUGGAGCAUUAUCAGAUGUCACAGGUAAUGAGGUGGAAUACAAAAUUGAGGCUAAAACUUCAUUCCUGAGUACAUUACGAUUCAUGUUUUAGUUUCUGGGCGUGUGAUAAACACUAGCUAGCUUAGUCAAUAGGGGUUUUAGGAAACUUGGUAGACGAUUUAAUUCAUUCUAUUAUUUUUUCCCCUUUACUUAAUGUUCAUACAAACUUUUUCACUUCGUUAUCAACUCUUUUUGCUUGUUUUGUGCUUUUUUUAUUGGUACGCUUCAUUCCACAUAAACCUCCCUCAAAAUGAGGUUGAACUUUUCAAUACUGGAAGGAAGUGGUACAAAAUUGGUCCUGGAAUUCAAAUGAACAAUAAAUUAUUUGAUUAACUUUUGCAGACUUUUGUUUUAUUCGUCGAGACUUCAAAUUACCUUUUCACCGGCAUUUUUGUGCUAGAGGUGGUGUUCAAGUUCAUUGCCUUUGGAUUCGUUCGUUAUUUCCAAGACGGGUAAGUCGUGGGUUGCGCCAACUUUGGUAGACAUUUCCACGUUUGAUUAAGACCAGUAAGUGAAUAUCUAUCAACGCUGCUGGAAAGAACGCCUUAAAGUAAGGAAACUUACCAAGUUUGAUACGUCCAAAGCAAGCGAAGAUAUUGCUCCCCAAGGUUGCGAUGAAAUUUUACAGACAACAGACAGUUGACUGUAUGGUGGGGGUUAAUUUAGUGCCCCCAUCAUAGAAACGUCUGUGAAUUUCACGACUUUGUGGAACUAUGUGUUCGUUAGGUUUCAAAAAAUCACUUUCAAAAGUGAUUGUCCCAGUCAAGUGCCUAUUAACUCCAGAACAACUGAGGCUGUUUAUAUAUAUUCCAUGGAAGGUCGUGGGCUCAAUUCCCAUCUAGAACUCAGAAUAUUUUUCUGAGUUUUUAUCUCCACAUAUAUCAUUCUGUUUGGCAAAAUUUGAAUUUUGAAUUUGUUUGCCCAUAAAUUUAACAACAGCAACAACAACAAUAGUCAUAAGGCAAAAACAAAAGCCUGAACGAAUGCGGGCAAUGAUGUUCGCCCUGCAAUGUUAAUGACCCAUCGCAAGUUUCUAUUCUUUUUCUGUGAUAGAGAGCAUGCGAUGUUACCUUAAUUCAUUUAAGGAGAAAAAACCGGAAUGCACUGAAUCAAUGUGAGAUAAAUGCUUGUCUUUUGAUUGAAAAUGAAACGAAGACUGAAUUGUAAAUUGUAAAUAUCUUAUUAUCCACUCCCCUCAGGGCUUUUCAGGGAUAAUUUACAACACUGGUUGGGGGACUUUGCCAGACUGCUUAAGGUGCAGUUUACAAGUAGUGAAGGAAUGAGUAAUGAUGCCCCCAUACAUGAGUGUGAAAGUGAGAUAGGCCACUACACCGGGCACUACGUGCCCUACUCUUUACGAAGAGUGUGUGGGUUCUUUAACGUCCCACAGAUUUAAUACAUGUGCAAGGGCUUGUGAGACGGGGCCUACGGUUUAUCGUCCUUAUCCGAGAAGACUAGAAAGUCUAGCCGUUUGCAGAUAUUAUUACAAAGGCAGCACUUUCUCCUCAGUUAUUUAAAGACCCUGAGUGUUGGUCCGGCCGGGGUUUGAACCCGCGACCUCCUGCUCAGUAGACCGGCGCUCUCCCAACUGAGCUAACCAGAAUGUGAUUCUAGUAGUUAGAUAUGUCCCCCGGCCGCGAUCGAACAGCUUCCUUGUUUUCAGUGGUCAUUUCAAAAAAUGAUUGUUUGAAGCAGUAGCUUUAUUUACAACUUUAUUAUCAGAUUCAAUAAAAGUAAAUUGCAUGAUCGAGUUGUAACAGAACGCCAAAAGUUCUGCGAACUGACACAAUAUUGUAUGAACUUAUUUGUAGGUGGAAUCUGGUUGAUCUAGUGAUCGUCAUUCUCUCUUUGGCUGGAAUAAUCAUCGAGUCGCUAAGCUCUUCUAAAAAACUCUUGAUAAAUCCAACUGUUGCAAGAUCAUUGAGAGUAUUACGUAUUAUCAGAGGUGUGUAGAUAAAGGUUAUAACUCAGUAUAUAGUAUCCGUAGUGUCCGUCAGGAAGGAAUUAGUCUGUGGACAGGCUAUGUAGGUUGGUACAGGAGGGGACGGGGGAGAGGUCGAGAAAGGGCAAAAAAAGGGAGGGGGGGGUGAAGAAGGGGUAAAGCCUGUAGACAAAGACCUUAUGCCCUCUCGUAAUAGACGGCGUAAUCUAAAUUUAUACUGAAACAGUUUGCUACCACAGAUUUUCGCAUCGAGGGACAGUACGUGAGCCAAUUUCCGUAAAAAAUUAAGGUUUUUAGAAACUAUUGGUUAAGCUAUUAUUGAUGUUGCGUAUUGAUCUUGUGAUUUAUGUUAUCAAUUAUGAUAACCACUUUUAUUUGGUUAACACUCAGUGACUCAUCAGGUGGGGGUUACUUCCUUAUUUAGGCUAUAUAGGUGUGUGCUGCGCCAAAGGGUAUGGUCUUUUAGCCAUUUUGGUCUGAAAUAGGUUUCCAAUUUUGACCAUCUUGGUCUGAAAUAGGGUAUGGUUUGUGCACUCUAGUCUUGAAUUGGGUAUGUUUUUUAGAAGAAUCUACUUCUUCAUCAUUAGGCGAUAAAUCCCUAAGGAGACCUAUCAUUUCAGGUCUGAAAUAGGGUAUCAAAUUUUUGAUCAGGUCUGAAAUAGAGCAGGGAAAAUCACAGAUUUUGGUCUGAAAUAGGCUUAGGGUUUCAGGAAGCGUGCCUCACACACCCACCCAAUUUUUCUGGAAGUACGCGCCACCUUCCCCCCCCCCCUCCCGGUGACUCGUCAACGAGUGGUUUAAAAAUAUUUACAGGAAUAACACUCUUUUCAUCGCCUACUGAAAUCUCUGUACAUGCUUUCUUUUAGUGUUGAAGCUCGUGAAGUUAGCUAAAGGGGUUCGUUCACUGUUGGACACUCUCUUUGAAGCUCUUCCGCAGGUUUGUUUUUCACUGACUGCUUUGUUUUAAGUGAAAACUAUUAUUAUUUGUGUAAUUUAUUUUUUAAAAAAAAAACGCAAUUACACAGAGCAUUGUAGAAUUUCUUGUCUUGCUAAACGGAUAUUUAUGUUUGUUUUUAUAAAUUCAGGUUGCAAACCUUGGACUACUAUUCCUGCUUUUGUUUUUUAUCUACUCCUGCCUGGGUAUUCAGUUAUUUGGCACUCUUGGUAAGUUCUCAUCACGUGGUAGCCAGACAAUGCUAAGCAUACCCAUACCUGCCAAUCAAAGGGCAAGGGACUUAAUCAAGGGACAGUCUUGAUAUGGUGUAUCAGAAAUAUGAAUUCCCUUAAGGACGAUCACAGCCCCUUAAAGUUAUGUUGCUCCACUUUUUUGUUCUAUUAGUUCAUUGAGAGUCGCGCAUAGAGAAGUCCUAGAAUACAUACCGUGAUUUAUAGUACCACAAUAAAGUAAAGCUCUGUUGCUUUUAUAGAAUGAUCGCUAUUUUCAAUUUGAAUUCCAUAGGUAUGUAUGUGUGUAUGUAAGUUAAAUGCCUAAUUUGGUCAUUUGUCUCAGAGUGUUCUCCGUCGCAGCCCUGCCAGGGCCUUGGUCCGCAUGCGCAUUUCAGAGAUUUUGGCACGGCUAUGCUGACAUUAUUUAGAAUAGCAACAGGGGACAACUGGAAUGGUAUACUAGAGGUUAGUGAAUAUAAAAAGAACAUGGAAAUAUUGUGGGACCGUCAUCUGGACAAUCUUUUAAACAGUAAUCCUCCCAUACUUACAAUUGUGUUACGGCUAGUUAACUCAUCAAACGCCUUCGAUAAGGUCUUUUUCAGCGCUUCUGAUACCUGAUGCAGAAACGAAAACCGAAACAAAUUCGUAUCAGUAAGGAAAAUGAAUUACAUUUUUGCUGUUUCCUUUAUACAAACAUAAUAUGAGCAGUUUGAUUGGACUUGGUUGAUUAAAUUUAAUGUAACAAAUUAACAGUCAUUCCUGACAUAAUGGUGUGCUCAGUAGGUUAGAGCAGUAGGCCCGGGCUUGAUUGCCGGCCGGACGAACACACAGGGUCUUGAAUAAUUAACCAAUAAGGAAUCGUUACUUUUGCUGUGACAUCUGCCAAUGGUAAUACCUUCACAUCCUGGCCUCUCGAAUAACGUUGAAAAACCCUUCCCACAACACUUUCUUUGACGUCACAUCUCGUUAAACGAAAAGGAACUACUAGGGACAUAACAAUUCCUGGCAUGGUGCACGUGACCAUCCCUUUCAUGGGUUGUUGGGAUGGGCGGGCCAGGCACCUCGCUACAGACCUAUGGGUCAUAUUCGUGUUCAUUGCAAUUAAGCAGGUGUGUCCCCAGUAAAGCAGGGGAACAAAUAAUGAAUACAGUAAAACCCUACGUGUAAGAACUUACAUCUUUUUAAGUGCGGCAAAUAAGGUUCUUAUAUAUUGGGGUAAUUUUUGGCAAUUUAGGCUAAGUAGGUUAUUAAUUUCUAUAAAGGAGACUAGGUUGCUGACUACCAGAAAAAUAAAGAAAUUUGACUUUGGUCUUUAUAUAUAUACAGCAUUUAUUCACAAUUGUACCUUACAAUCCUCCUUUAUGCAAGGUGUUAUGAACCCAAUUAUAGUACUUUAUGUAAACCUGUUUUUGUUGUUGGAAUUUCAGUAGUGCUUUCUUUUGUAAUUACCGUUUGGUAGAGUAUUUUCUUGUAAUAUCAAUUUAGAAUCUCAAAGCCGAACUUCUGGUUAAAAUGUUUCUCAUAAUUCAACUCUAACCUGCGUAUACGAACCUGUCUGAUUUUGCUUGGCUAAACAGGUUAUAUAUAUUAUAAUAUUUUUGGGUAUUAAAGUGGCAAAUUUCUGCCAAUAGACCUAAAUAAACCACUAGGUUCUUGUGCGGGUUUUUUUACGGCAAUUAUUUUUAAAAUAAAUAAUUGUAAAUAAUGCCGGAGUAGCUCAUGUUUAAUAGUAUCAUUUACUUUUCUUGCCAGGACACACUGCGCUCCAAAUGCUCCUCUGAAGCUGAAUGUGAUAAAUACUGUUGCAUGAGCAAAUACACAGCACCUAUUUUCUUCGUUACCUUCGUACUGGCGGCUCAGUUUGUGUUAGUUAAUGUUGUCAUUGCUGUACUUAUGAAGCAUUUGAAAGAAUCUAAAGAAAAAAUUGCAGCAAACAUGGCCGCCAAAGACUUAGAGAAGAAACUCAAGUUAUUGACUUUGUCGGCAAAGAAUUUCAUUAAAGGAAAAGCAAGGAAAAAUGACUUGCCUUCAAUUUCAAGACGACGUUCCAUAGUGCAGCUGGGUUUAGGUGGAAUAGAACUUGCUCAGUUGAAAUAUUGUGAGCCGGAAAAUACAAUAGACAAAUCGUUUGUGACAGAAUUUUCUAGAGCUGAUGCAAUUUUCCAAGAAUAUAUGCGUUUAAAUGCUAAUCUUCAAAAGGCUAAGAUGAAGAUCGUCCGUACCUCCUCGCACAAUACUGUUGAAGUAAACACGCCGUCUACUGAGACGCACUCUGUGCGACAAAGGCGUAAUAGCGUGGGUGGAGUAAGGGAACUUCAUAAGAUCUCUACUCAUUUAAGUUCAUUUACUGUAUAUAAGUCAGGCGCCAAACUGUGAAUCACACAUGGAUUUUCAAAAGGAGAACGUUCAGGAGAUGUUUAAUAUGUUCCUCUACGAUCCCUUAUCCCUAUAUUUCUUAUUUGCCCUUUUUUGUGUUUCCUGGUGUUAAAAAAUCAGUGAAAAAAAAGGAUUGAAGUGGCCUUUAGUUAAUGUUAUGGUUGAACUGUUAUUGAUUAAAUGUGGUCCUUGGGUUUAAACCUGCGCGGAAAGAAAAUGCCAAGCUAAGUAGUCCUUAGUAUUUCAUAACUUAUUAACCCAUAGACCUCGGCAACUGUCAUGGAUAAUUAUCAUUUGUUCUUUUGUGAAUCCACAGAAAUUUCCCCGAAGCAAUUUCACCUUGGGGAAAUCGGUCACACACAAAACGUUGCCUCAACGUGGGCAACAGCCAUUUGCCCAUGGGUAAAACGGCCGCUGCAACCCCACCUAUUAAUAAGAAUCCAAAGUGGCUCAGUCAAUCACAAGAUUAGAAAGUGAAAUCUACGCAACAUUAGAAAUCGCUUCUCGCUUGCUUUCGUGCUGUGUGGAAAAUAUUUUGAAUAUGUUAAAUAGAAUAGAUUCAAAAGCUCCUUUUAGACACUCAGAAGAUUUCUUCACAUCAGUAACGUCAAGAGUUCUUUCAUCAAGGAUUCGCUGGUACCAAUUUGUGGACCCGCUUUGUCUUGCGGGCUACCAAAUUUUCCUUCUUUGAGCGCAAAUGAAGUCGACGUCAUUGUUGCAGUCUUAAAAUUAAGCGGUGAAUCGGUAUUGCUAAGCGGAAUGGAUAUGGAGGUUUUUAAGUGGGGUAAAAACAGUCGAAAACGCUUUACUAUUCGCGCCAGUCCCUUGCAACACUAGUAUAACAUAACAUAACAUAACAUAAAACUUUAUUUAUACUCGAAUUUUAGAGUAGCUAACAAGCUAAUAUCUUCGAGCUGACACUAC